CAGCCUAGAGCACCGCGACCAUUUCCCCGGCUCGCCCGAUGUCGCUGGUCGCCUACGACGCCUCGUCCGACGAGGAAGACGCCGGCGGCGAGCCGCCGGCCGCCGCGGCGGCUUCUCCCGCUCCCGUCCCCUCAUCCUUCGGACCUCGGCCGAGGCCUCCCUCUCCCUCGACGUCGGUCGGCGCCGCUCCUCAGCCUCCGCCCCACAGCCAGAAUAUUUCUUCCACUAGUUCAAGUAAUAUCUCCCUGCCCACACCGUCACUAGACCUUCCAGAUGUUGCAGAUCUGUUUUCUUCCCCUUCUCUGCCCUCUAGAGGAUCUACUUCUAUGAUGGACAGCACAUCAAGGAAACGAGAAUCAAAUGGAUCUGCAUUUCAAGACCCACGCAGUAAAUUUCCAAGGGUUCAAUCGGGACAAUCUCGUGGUGCCAGGAUCGCUGCUGGGAACACGUUAGUUCCACCACAGCUUAGUGGAAGGAGCAACGUUGUCACUGAAGAUAUGACCAAGUUGUUUGUGGCUAGACGCAAAGAGUAGUGCUGAUGUUUUUGUUAGCCUCUAAUUGUAAACCAUCAACGAAUCUACGGCGCCCCAUGGACAGAAGGACCUGAUUGGACGAUUUGCUAUUUGCGAAUUGUGAUCUAUAAUCCUAGACAGCUGGAUUGGGAAUGCUCUCUUUUUUCACAUUAUCUAGUGCCCAUGCAAUUGAUGUUCACUUGUGUUUAUGAGCAAUCCGUGAUAUGUUAAAGCAUGUGACAGUGUUAGGAGAACUAGAAACUUGUCUAUUCUUAAGAACUAGAUGUUGUUCAUCAUCUGGUUAGUAAGUAGUAAUGGAUUACUAUCCGCUAUGUGGCAAGUUCUACCUUUACUUAGAAAUAUGUGCAUUAUAGCGUA